AUGGGCUCGAAGUACCCGCAGUCUGUCCGCUGCUGCCUGCCCCUGUGGGCCAUCAUGUUGGAGGCGGCCCUCAUUCUCAUCUUUGCCUUUUUCUCCACCUAUGAGCUCCCAAUGGAUCAGAAGUUCAUGGAGACCUAUCAAGUCCUCCAGGAUCUGACUGUCAUGGCAGCCCUGGGCUUGGGGUUCCUCACCUCGUCCUUGCGGAGGCAUGGCUGGAGCAGCGUGGCCUUCAACCUCUUCAUGCUGGCCCUCGGAGUGCAGUGGACAGUCCUGCUGGAUGGCUUCCUGAAACCACACUUCAGUUGGAGUAUGUCCAUUAAUCUAUCCAGCCCUGGGCUGAGUAUCCGGACGGCCACCAUGAGCGCCAUGGCAGUGCUGAUCUCGGCUGGCUCUGUCCUUGGGAAGGCCAACUUGGUGCAGCUGGCCAUGAUGGUGCUGGUGGAAAUGACGGCCUUUGCUGCUACUAGGUUUCUUCACUGGAAGAUCUUCAGAAUGGAAGACCACGUAACCAUGAUGUAUGUCCAUGUGUUUGCGGCCUAUUUUGGGCUGACUGUGGCCUGGUGCCUCUCAAGGCGUCUGCCCCAGGGAUUGGACCGGAAAGCUCGGAUGGAGAAAGUUCAGAUUGCCACAAGCCCCAGUCUGUUUGCCAUGCUGGGCACCCUCUUCCUGUGGAUAUUCUGGCCAAGUUUCAACUCUGCCUUGGUGGACUCUCCACAUGUAAAGAAGAAUGCUGUGUUCAACACCUACUACGCCCUGGCAGCCAGCACGGUGACAGCCGCCUCGGCGUCAGCCUUGGCUCACCCCCAAGGGAAGAUCAACAUGAUUCACCUCCACAACGCCGUGCUGGCAGGAGGCGUGGCCGUGGGAGCCCCGGGUCACCUGAUUCCUUCUCCUUGGAUCUCCAUGGUGCUGGGCCUUAUAGCUGGGCUGAUCUCCAUCACGGGAGCCAAGUGCCUGCCGGUGUGUCUGAACCGCAUGCUGGAGAUUCAGGACCCCAGUGGCGUGCACUACACCUUCGGCUUGCCGGGUCUACUCGGAGGGGUCACCUACAUUAUCCUGAUAACACAUCACACCUUCUCAGAGUCGACCCCGAGCCUUAUUGGACUCGUCAGCCAGGUGACCAAUGACAUUGGGGCUCUCAGCUUUCUUAUGGCAGCAGGCAUGGUAUCUGGUCUUCUAACAGGUUUGCUCCUAAAUCUCAAAAUAUGGAAAGCACCUCACGCAGCUAAAUAUUUUGAUGAUCAAGCUUUCUGGGAGUUUCCCCACUUAGCAGUUGGAUUCUAA